AUGGACUCCCUACGCACCAUCUUCCGCCGCGACAACCCCGGCAACGAUGAUGACAAUGACAACGACGGCCUCUCCCAAACAACCGUAAAACUCCUCAUCUCCCUCCUGGUUCUUAUCCUCAUCUCCCUGGCCCUCAUCGGUGCCUACCUCAUCAUCCGCCGCAGAAAGCAACGCCAAUCCCUCGGAAACUCAGAACUCCCCAUGUACCACGAUCAGCGCUCCCGAAACACGCGCCGCCUAACCAUCACCGCGUCCACCAUCUUUGAUGAAAAGCGCAGCGCUUGUUAUUCCAGUAGCACCAGCCCACCCCCAAGUCCCGUGCCGGAAAUCCGCAUUACGUUCCCCGAAGAGGAGGAUGCGUCGACGGGAAAGAGGCAGUCUGGCCGCGUUGUUGUUGUGAGGAUUAGUGAGAAGGGGAGUGUGGGGUUGGAGCCGUAUGAUGAGGAGUUACCGCCGUAUAAGUCGCGGGCUGGUGAAGGAGAGAGUUUUCAGUCUUUGGAUUUGGAGAGGCUGGGGGGGUUGAAGGAGAAAGAUGGGGUUAGGGAUGAGAAGAGGUGGUCAUAG